AUAGUACAAUGUUUUUGAUGCUAACUUAACAUUAUGUGCCUCUAAUCAACAAUCUUAAACAAGUGAUUUAAUUUAAUCAUCUAUUUUUUAAUUUAUUUUAUAUGUGAUUUCAAUUGUUAAACACCUAGAUAUUUUUGUAUCUUAUAUUUUGAAUUGUUCAUCCGUCUCUAUUUGCUGGUCUGUGAAGGACAAAAGGUCAAUAGGAUUCACAAUGGAAACUAAUCUGUUACAAAUGGAUAGUAAAACCAUUAAAAAAAGUGAUAAAUAUGAAAUGUUGAUGAGAUACUGUAAUGCAAUCGAAACACAAUUAGACGACGAGGAAGGCUCUAGAUGUAUUCAUGAGCUCGAAAAUUAUUCUCGGAAAAUUUCAAAAUUACAAAAACUUGAAUGUGAACUUCAAAAAGUGCAUCAAGCUCACGAGGACUUGAUACGAUCGUCCGAUAGAAAAGAAAAGUUGGAAAAAGCAAUGCGUUUCAAGCUUGAGAUUGAGAUUAAAAAUUUAAGAGAGGAAAUCAAAAAUCUUAGAGGAGAAAAGGAAAGAUUGGAAAUUGAAUUGCAAGCCCAGAGGCUAACAUUGGAAGAACAGCGGAACCAUAUCGGAGUUUUGGACAAUGCAUUAAUGAACGCUCAGAAUGAUGUUGCCAAAUUGGAAGGAGAAUUAAGGAAGAAAAUCGCUUUUGAGAAAAAAGCUACCCAUUUACAAAACGCUCUUAGAAAUAUCGAAUCAGCAAGUGAAAGGCAAUCUCAAAUGGAGAAGAGAGUACGGAAUCAUCUUGAAGCAGAAAUAAAUUCUUUAAGGAAACAAUUGAAUGGCUCUGGGCAAAUGAGUGAUGAUAAAAAAGAAAUCGAAUGUAUGAAGAAAACAUUACUUGAAUACGAGGAGAAAAUAAUCACGCUUGAAAAUGAAGUUGCUAAAUGGGAAGGCAAAUAUUUUGAAGAAAGCACCAUGAGACACAUUGAAGUAAAUGCUGCAUCGGCUCCAAAAGAUGCCAAAAUUGCUGCUUUAAAGCAAACAUCACAGGAAUCGGAGAAGAUGAUUCAAGAAGCUCGAAACGAAAGAUUGAGACAAAUGGAUGAACUUCAUGAUGCGCAUAAAAGAAUCGCCCAGUUAGAAAGUAAAGUUAGAGAUUUAGAGGCAAAAUUAGCCGAAAAAGAUGCCAUGGUAAAAGUUCUGCAGCAGCAUUCACGCGAAAAAGACGUUGUUUUACAAAAAUCACUUUUAGCCCAUCGAGCCACUCCAGGAAGACAUACGAGAUCUGUUAGUUCCAUGGGACUGACAACUUUCAGCUGCUCUGGUAAUACGGCUACUUUGACAUCUGAAGGUAGUUCGACCUCUGUGAGUGAGGUAAAAGAGGACAAUGUUCGUAAAGAAAGUGUUGACUUCUAUACUUCUACUUCAACCUCCAAAUCAAACACUCUUAGUAGUAGUGGAAUUCCCACUAUCAAAAGUACAUCAAAUAAUCUCGUCACUAGUAACAGUACUAGCAGUAACUCUACUAAUAGUACCACCAGCAAUAAUAGUAGUGGAACAAGCAUUGCUAGCAAUCAUGGUCAUCAUAAUCUCGACGAACAAUUAAAAGAACUCGAUAAGCGUCUUAUCAGUAAGGACUCUAUCAUAAGAGCUUUAAGAUCAGAAAAAGAGAGAUUCCCUAAUCAUUUUUGGAGAGUAUGAUUUUGGUUUUUUAAUAAAGAUGACACAUAUCAACCUUGGAAAGAAGAUAUUUUUUGUCGAUGUUACUCAGGUUCCAUACUGGAGAUGAAACUUGAUCAUUUUUAUGACCAUUGUCUUUGGCUGAUCGGAAUCCGUCUAACGUGUGGUAUUUCGUUGGAAGAUCCACAAUGACAAAAGAUCCAUAUUAUCACCUUCACCAUCACCAUCAUCUUCAUUUUCAUUGCCAUCAUUAUCAUCAUCAUCAUUGUUUAUCAUAAUAAACAAUUUAAAAGCCUUGAUGACAUUCGCAUCGUCAAUUCAUAUUCUCUGAAAAAAUGGCCAUAUUUUAUUGCUUGUUCUCUUUGGUGUUUACUGUGUAAUUAUUAAUGUAAAAUGUCUUACCAGAAAACAAAAAUUAUGUUGAUAAAAGCUUCUUGCAAUUUAAGAAAAUUUUAGCUAAAUUAGUGUAAAAUUUGAUUAUAAUUAUCCUUUUACAUAAAUAAUAUUAAAUAUAUAUAUAAAUA